AUGUGCCCCGCCCCGCCCGCGCCACCGCCUCAGCUCCUGGAGACCCUGUCGCGCCGCCUGCGCGUGUCCCUGGGCAUCAUCACCGGCCGCUGGGGCCUGCCGCUGCCAUUCAAGGUCAAGCUGAUGGCGGUUGUCGGCACGCCCGUCACAGUGCGCCAGGUGGCGCGUGAGGACCCGGGCUUUGACGCCGCAGUGGACGAGGCGCACGCCGCGUACGUUGCCGCGCUCACGGCGCUGUACCACCGGCACCGGGACGCGUACGGCUGGCGCGACAGGCCGCUCGUUAUCGUGUGA